GCGAAGUCGUCUCUGGAACCGCAGCCGGCCACGCUGGAAAUAGACGCUCCAAUUGUGAUAUUUGGUGAUAUCCAUGGACAACUUCGUGAUUUACUACGAUUCUUCACAAUUGUCGGACCACCUCCUCAAAAUAAAAUACUUUUCCUAGGAGAUUACGUUGACAGGUGCAAAAAAUCGUUCGAGGUCAUAAUGCUGUUACUAUGUUAUCGUAUCAAGUUUCCGCAUCUAAUACAUUUACUGCGGGGCAAUCACGAAUGCUCAAAAAUGAACAGACUAUAUGGUUUUUAUGAGGAGUUAAGGAGAAAACGAUGCGUAUUUAUGUGGAAAAAGUUUCAGGAGGUAUUCAAUGAAAUGCCACUCUGCGCAGUUGUGAGCAGUCGCCUUUUGUGCAUGCACGGAGGUAUUUCUCCUGAAAUCCAAAACUGGGACUCUCUGACACGAGCUACUUCAUAUAUCUUUGGUGGUGACACCAUUGCGAAUAUCUGUGAUAUGCUUGACAUCUCAAUGGUCGUUCGAGCACAUGAAGUCGUGAGGGUUAUGAAAGUAUCUCGUCGACUAGAAAUCUCUUUCGUAACCCUCAAGCCUCGUCUUGACACAAACCGAUUGACCGAGGAAAAACGUCUCCUCCUUGAAAAGCUGGCAGCAGACGCUAUGGCGAAGAGCCCUGAUCCAUGCUCUCGCCAGCCCAAGGAGAAAGCUGCAACCAAUAACGAUGACUGUCUCAUAGGUCCGACUGCACCACCAGAUACAAAAGGUUCUGAGAUGCAACAGAGAAAGACUCAGUUGCUCUCUUUGAUGGACGCAUUUGAGACCCCUUCGGGAGCGAAGACAGCGGCUGCUACAAAAUCUGCACCAGCACCAGGAUCUACAGCUGUCGCACAAGUAGCUGCAAAAAAGCGCGACACCACGCCAGCUCCCCCCGUCAGUACAGCGGGUGCUCCUGCGACGACCACCAAGCCUCCUCUAGCAGGAGCUCCGAAAUUCACAAGCGAUAAGCACCGCUAG